GCAAAUCGUUAGACUUCACAGCCGUUUCAUUCUCGAUUCAGUUGUCGUUCAAAGUUGUCGUUAGUCGGGUCUGAUGCGUAGACGCGGCGUAUACGUGAUGCUGACUCUGUGCGGUAUGGUGACCGCUGCUCUUACCGCCUUUCUUGUGAUCACUCUUACCGGCGGCCAAGGAGCUGAUGCAUCCGAUUCAGCAACGGUAACGGUGGAACUAUCCAAUGGCCAGGGAGAAGUGCUUGGGAAUUAUGGUUACACAGCUUGGACGGAUCAAACUUUUAUGCAAUUUCGUGGCAUUCCCUAUGCCGAACCACCAACGGAGGAGCUACGCUUUCGGCCACCUGUGGCCCGAUCACCAUGGACGGGCUCCCACGGCGCACUGAACUUUGGACAACGCUGCCCCGUGAUAACUAAUCUGGAUGACCAGUUGUCUGAUGCUGAACUCGAAGAUUGCCUCAAUCUGUCGGUCUACACUAAAAAUCUUUCUGCAAGACAGCCUGUAAUGUUCUACAUCUAUGGCGGUGGCUUCUAUAAUGGAUCCGCCGAGGAUCACCCACCAAACUAUAUCCUAGAGAAAGAUGUGGUACUUGUUGUGCCCCAAUAUCGAGUGGGAGCCCUGGGCUGGCUGUCGACAUACACAGAAGAGCUGCCCGGAAAUGCGCCCAUCGCUGAUAUCCUACUGGCCCUCGAUUGGGUGCAAUUGCAUAUUAAUCGCUUUGGUGGUGACCCAGAGAUGGUAACUAUUUUUGGUCAGAGUGCUGGAGCCGGAGUAGCUAGUGCUUUGUUGGUGAGUCCUAAAACUGGCGACAAUCUGUUUAAGAGAGCUAUUGUGCAGUCCGGUUCGAUUCUCGCCAGCUGGGCCAUCAACAAGGAUCCACCAGCACAAUCGCGUCGGAUAUGUGGCCAGUUGGGAUGUCCUGGCUGCGAACAGCACGAUCAGCUCGUGGAGUGCUUGCAAAAAGCAAAGGUUAAAGAUAUUCUACUGGCUACCACCUCAGAGUCAUUUUCGCCAAUCAUAGGAGAUUUACAGGGUAUCCUGCCGCAACAGCCCAAUGAGCUGGUGAAAAGCUACAGCAAACAGAUUCCCUUGCUAACUGGGUUUACUCAACAUGAUGGUUCCUUCGUAUUAGCAUCCUACUAUGAUGCUUUGGCUGCCAAGGUGUCCAAUGUGAGUUCGUUGAGUGUUCGUCAGUUUUCCCAAGGUAUCAAUGAUAUGGUUAAUGAUACAUCGGGACUCUCGGAUAACAUUUUGAAUCGGUUGCUCUUCAAACCUCAGAUCCUCAAUAGCCAUGAUCACAAUGCUGCAGUUCCCUCUUACUUUGAUUUAACUUCGGCAAUCUUUAUGAAAUCCCCAGUGAUAACGCUGGCUACCAAAAUCUACAAUCGACAAACCUCCUCACCAGUGUAUCUGUAUAGUUUUGAGUACGAGGGCAAAUACACUCGAUUUGGCUAUGAGUUUGGCAACUCACACUAUCCAUUCAAUGGAGGAGUGCAUCACUCGAACGACAACAUCUAUCUAUUUGCCACUCAUCCACUUGAAGGCCAGGAUACUCAGAUGGCACAGAAAAUGGUGGAGUUGUGGACCUCGUUUGCCAUUGAUGGCAUUCCCAAUGAACUGAGUCCUUUGACCAGUGCAAGUGGGCCAUAUAAUCAACUCAAUUUGGAGAUAACUAAAGGAGAAGAUUUAUUGGAAACUCUGACUGCCGCAAUUGACGAUCCUGACAAUGGGAGACUGCAGCGAGAGGAUGUGGAGUUUUAAUUGAUAGCUUAAUUAGGAAAUGUAAAUAUCAGUGUUAUGUAUAGGAUAUUAAAGGUGUAAAUAAAAAAAAUAAAGUACUUUAGUAGGUAAAGGAGAACAGGCAAAAUAACCUUUUUUGUGGUGAAUUAAAAAACACAUUUUCAGUGCCAGAACA